AUUUGGGUGCUUUCUUGGUAGGUUCUGAUCUGUCGGAAUUACCGCGGAGAUGUGGACAUGUCCGAGGUGGAACAUUUUAUGCCAAUCCUUAUGGAAAAGGAAGAAGAGGGGACCCUUUCUCCCAUCCUAGCACACGGAGGAGUUCGUUUCAUGUGGAUUAAACAUAACAAUCUCUAUCUUGUUGCAACUUCUAAGAAAAAUGCUUGUGUAUCACUGGUGUUUUCAUUUUUAUAUAAAGUAGUUCAGGUUUUUUCUGAAUAUUUCAAGGAGCUGGAAGAAGAGAGCAUUAGGGAUAAUUUUGUUAUUAUUUAUGAGUUGUUAGAUGAGCUUAUGGAUUUUGGUUACCCACAAACCACUGAUAGUAAAAUUUUACAAGAGUACAUCACUCAGGAAGGUCACAAACUUGAAACUGGAGCCCCACGCCCGCCUGCCACUGUUACAAAUGCUGUUUCAUGGAGAUCAGAAGGGAUCAAAUACAGGAAAAACGAGGUGUUCCUGGAUGUCAUAGAGUCUGUCAACCUUUUGGUCAGUGCCAAUGGAAACGUGUUACGGAGUGAGAUUGUGGGAUCCAUCAAAAUGAGGGUUUUCCUCUCGGGAAUGCCGGAGCUGCGCCUCGGCUUGAACGACAAAGUUCUCUUUGAUAACACAGGCCGUGGGAAAAGCAAAUCAGUAGAACUGGAAGAUGUGAAGUUUCACCAGUGYGUUCGUCUGUCUCGCUUCGAAAACGACCGGACCAUCUCCUUCAUCCCACCCGAUGGGGAGUUUGAGCUCAUGUCCUAUCGUCUCAACACCCACGUAAAACCCCUGAUCUGGAUCGAGUCUGUGAUUGAGAAACAUUCCCACAGCCGCAUCGAGUACAUGAUCAAGGCAAAGAGUCAAUUUAAGCGUAGAUCAACUGCCAACAAUGUGGAGAUUCACAUCCCAGUUCCAAAUGAUGCGGACUCGCCAAAGUUUAAAACCACUGUUGGAAGUGUCAAAUGGGUUCCAGAGAACAGUGAAAUUGUUUGGUCCAUUAAAUCUUUCCCAGGUGGAAAAGAAUACCUGAUGAGAGCUCAUUUUGGACUUCCAAGUGUCGAAGCUGAAGACAAGGAAGGAAAACCUCCCAUUAGUGUAAAGUUUGAGAUUCCCUAUUUCACCACUUCAGGAAUCCAGGUCCGUUACCUAAAGAUCAUUGAGAAGAGUGGUUACCAGGCUUUGCCCUGGGUGCGGUACAUCACCCAGAACGGAGAUUACCAGCUCCGAACACAGUAAAACACCUCACAGGCACCACAGACAACGAAAACUUCAGGCCUCAAAUUCCUUUGCAGAAGCUUCUGUGGUCCUGAGAGCUGUGAAUGUYGUUGCCAAGGGUCUCGUUUCUGCAAUCUUGGAUUGGCAGGAGGAAGAUUUGGAGAAUUUCAUUGAUUUCAAUAAUGUGUUUGAGCUUUUGGAAACCAUUAGUAUUGAUUGUGUGGAUAUUUAUUUCAUUCUUAGAACAYGCUGAUCUUGCUGCUAAAUGCUAAUUAACGUUAGGAGUAGCAGUUACUUUGAGGAGCCAGGAAUCCASAAUGAACCUUGGGAAUGUCUUGUCGAUGCCUUGUCCAGAGUUUUUAGUUCAUUUGUAUUUUAGGAUCCCUAAAAAAGUCAUUUGGCAGCGUCGUGCUACAAAUUAGGGAGAUGAUUGUGCACUUAAAUGACUGCUGAACACUUCAUUGUAUUUAGCCCAAGGUAUUUAUUGGUUUAUUUUUUUUCUGGGCAUUUGGGUGCCUUAAUUCAUUCAYAGCUCUGUUAACUUAUAAAAAAAAAAACAGCAGAACACGAGUUGAAAUUAUCUGAAGGUGAAAAAUACCGUUAGCUUUUAUUUUUGUUUUUGCAUGGUUUCAAAGGAAUUCAUCUGAGAGAACAGCUUYGAGUGAAGGGUUUGGAAACAAAAAUAGGGGUUUGUUAGAGAACAGCAGGUGACAGGAAUAAAUGUCUCUGGAAAGAAAAGGAUUUCUGGCUCCAGUCAGUCAAAAUGCAAAAAUUCCAACCUUGUGACACCCCAGGGUCUGGAAACCCUCUGCCAACUGACCAGUAUUUGCUUUUUUUUGAAAAAAAUUCUGUUCCUCCAACAAGUUCCCAGCUGUCAUGUGUAGGCAUAAAGCCUUAGAUUAGGUAUGAAAAGACCAAAACACUUCUAGAGGUGAUGGAAUUUGGGAGGAAGAUCAGGAGUUUAUUAUUAUUAUUAUUAUUAUUAUUCCAGAUAAUAAUAAUAAUAAUACACUCCAACCUCUUCCUGGAAGUUACUGUAUAAGAAGACAAAAAUACAGUUGCCAUCUUUUUUCCAGCUUGCCUUUUGUGUUCAUUUAGGGCAAAUACUUCCCCUUUUUGCUAGARUUUGCUAGAAUUAACUUCAUUUGUCCUAAGGAGAGAUGUUUUCUUUCUCAAUCUUUUCUGUUUGUGAGCAGCUGUUACUGUACCUCCCUGGCAGAAUGAAUAACAGUUCACAAUGUURUUCUUCAAGGUAUUAUUAUUUUUUUACAUGCCAGUUCAUUUUUUUUUUCUGAGAAGCUACAAUUGGCAUGGGUGUACAUAGUUAUUUUGGGUUUUGCCAGGUUUUUUUUUUUCAGGAAAAUUGUGACGGUUAUCAGUAUUUUCUUUACACAACUUUUAGGGUGGUUUGGUUUGAAUUUAGUACUUUUGACUGGUGCUAAACUUAAACCAUUAAAAUCCAAAUAUCUACGUCCGCAGAUGUGAUUUGAUAACACACCACGUGCAGAAUGGGAGAGUCCAGGAGUGUCCACAGAAAAUGAGAAGGUAUUUCAGUCACUGUCCUCACUGAAUCCUUGUUUCUAGACACACCUCUGUAGACAAAUCAGCCAAAAAUCAGCUCCACUCCCCCGUGCAGCUGCUGUGACAUCAAAGAUGCCUCAGGAAAUCUCUUGGUUUUAGGCACCCAUGGGUGUUUGUGGACAGGUGUGUUCUGACUGCAUUUAUCACCCAGAAAUUUGAUGUUGAAACCAAAUCAUCUCGUUGGAGAUUUCAGUUCCACCACUCAUUGUCAUUUCAGCAAUUAAGCUUAUGACUGGACUAAAAAUUUUUCUAUUAAAACUGUAACUGGUUGACCAA